AUGAAGUCUUAUUUACAAAAGGAGCGUCAGUCUAAAAAAGCUAAGAAUGCGUUCGAGAGAGGCGAGCGUCCUUUUAAGGCUCGUAAAAUGACUAAAUCCGAAAUUAGGAAAUGGGUUACAUUCUAUGAAUCGUCUGAAAGAAGAACACCUAGUGCAUUUAUACUCUUUAAAAAUAUCAGCAGGCUUAAUCCAAAAAGCGCCAAAAAGGAAUAUAAAAAAUUAUCAGGCGAUAUCAAAUCUGACUACGAACGGUGUGCAGAAAUUAUCAAGAUAAGCGCUCAUAAUCCUGAGGCAGCCUUUAAAAUAAUCGACUCUCAGAUACACUUUCACAAUUACAAUUCAAAUUUUUUUGAAUUAACAUUAACCAAUGCAGAGAAACCAUCUCGCCGUCCUUCCUCUACCAAGAAAACGCCACAUGUAGAAUUAACUCAAGGCACAAGAGAACCCUGUCCUGGACAUGUUAAUAAUGAUAUAUCAUUUGUUGAUCAAAAUAUUUUUAAUAAUCAUGACAUAGUUUCUGUUAAUUUUACCAACGAUAUAAACGAUAUGCCGCCUGUGGCUCCAAAUACAAAUAUAUUCUUUCCAUCUAAUGAUGGUAAUAUCACCGGAGGGAAAAGGUCUUCCUCACAAUUACUUAAUUUUUUUGACGAAGACGGUAAAAUUACCGAAGGAAAAAGAUCUCCAUCACAACUACCUGAUUCUGUUGAUGAGCAAGACGUUAUAGGGUCCGAAAUUUUUUUUAUGUCUCAAAAUUCUGGCAUUUACUCCUUCGAAGAGUCAGAUAAUAUUAUAAAUAUAUUGACAGCUCAAAGUUUGGGUAUACCUUCUUUUGAUGCCAUUGCUUGUGAGCAACAACCGCAAGCAUUUACAUCUGAGAUUUAUCAUGUUGCUACUGGUGAGCUACAAUUACAAACAUCUAUUCCUGAAAUUUUUGUUACUAAUGACGAGCAACAAACACAAACAUCUACUUUGGAAGUUUAUUAUCACGUUCCAAUUACGCAACAACAAGCGUUACAUUCCACAGCGCCUCAAAAACCAGACGUACAAAUUAUGAUGGCUAAUCUUGUGACUUGA